AUGUCAUCAAUCAUUGAAAUGCCGGAGUUUGUAUUGGAAAAAAUCAUUGGAUUUUCAAAUUUCAAAGAUGUCCUGACCCUUCGCCAAGUCUGUCGAGAUUUUCGAAAUUUUAUCGACGAUUUGAAAGAUUCGAAGUUGCCGGAUUCGAAUUUUAAAGAAAUGGAAAUUGUUUCAAAGAAAGACGAGAACAAGAUAGUGUUCGCGUUUGCGGACUUCGGUGGUACUAUCUAUCGCAUCGAGUAUUCUGAAUUUGGAAAUUCUAGAAAUUUUCAAGAAACUUGGAAAAUUUUCGAAAACUCGAAUAUUGUGGAUGUGGCGAUUCGAGAUCUGGAAUUGGUGUUGAGAUUUCAAAAGUCCAAAUUAUACCGAAUAUAUUUCGAUGUGAAUGAUUUUCAACUAUCACCUGAUUCAUCGAUUUACAAACUUUCUGUUAAACUGAGUAAUCUGUGCAUAAGGAUCAAUCGAAAAAUCAAAACAGAGCAAUUAUACCUCAAAAAAUGCAAUCAAUCUCAAAUUAUGAAAUUCAUACAGUUUACUGAUCCGGAAGCGUUGGAAAAACUCAGUUUUUUCGCGGACGAUGAUGAUAUUGAUGACAGAAUUGAAAUUGAAAUUGAUGAUAUUGCUAAAACUGAGCAAUGGAAAAAAGCAGAGGAAUUCAAAUGUGACUUUCAAGUAUUGAAUCUGGACGCAAGAGAUAUUUGUCAUUUUACAAGUAUGUCCAUAAAAACUCAUUCCAUUUCUGCAAGUGAUUUGGAGUUUUUGAAAAAGACUUUUAUCAAUUCAUCAACAUUCGUGUAUGCGUUUUUUGAGUUGACAAUUUUCAAUGGAAACGAGAUAAUUUCCAAUUUGUGGGGCCCUGCGUUUAUUACCGAACUUUCACGUAAUUGGUAUUUUCGAAUCAAGGAUUUGGAGGAUGAAGUUCUGCACAUCGAGAUUCGUCAAAACUUUAUAAAUUUUCAUGUUUUUGAAUGGAGAUAUGUUUUGACUGGAGCGAGGGUACAAGAUUAUAACGAAAGUUGA